AUAUAUAUAUAUAUAUAUACAUACAUGAAAGAAAGGAAGAUUUAAGAAGUGGACAAUAGAAAUAAACCGUAUGAAGACAACAUACACAAAGACUUCGGCCUGAGGAACAGAUAAAUACAGAGGAAAAAGAGAGAUAAAGCAAGUAGGAGAAAGAAAGAAGGAGAGAGCACCUUUGUGGGACGAAGAAUAAUGAAUUAAAACCUCCCCUGGUUGUCAAAACAAGAGAAGAAAAUAGGUUUGCAAAGCCAUGAGACGGCAUAAGUUGAAUAUGCGCGCCAUCUCUGAGAGACGGAUUAGUUGCAAUAAUCUUUAAAAUGAUUGUUUUACUCUGCAACCUGACUGAAUAAUUAAAAGAAAAAAUAAUAAUAAUAAAAGACCAGAGUGAGAAGUAGACGGAAAUAGAACAUUUGAAAUUGACUGAACUAUAAAUAUAUAUAUAUAUAUGUAUAUAUACACAAACAAGACAUUUGACAAACAAACAAGCAUGAUCUCAUAUGGAGAUGCUGCAAAUAUUUGUCAAAAUUCAGUCAUUGGACAUGAAAGCUGCACUUUACUCUAAUGCAAUUUACCUAUCCACCCUGAAAUUGAUUUAGUCUUUCUGUGAUAAAAAGUUGUGUUAAAAAAAAACCAAAACAAAAAAAUAACAGUAAAAGAACCAAAACUUUUCCCAUUUUCUUUCACUGUAAUAAAAAAAAAAAGCGAAAAUGUGCCCCCUUAAAUUCAAGGAGAAAAAUAAGAUUUCACCUGAAGAGCAACUGCAAACCCAAAGACUAAAUCGAGAUAUGGGUUAUUUUUACCUGUUUGUGGCCAGUAUUGUGGCCAUCGCCUGGCUACUUGGUGCAUUUGGUUUUUCCUUUAUAUGGACGUUGGGUCUAAUUGGAAUUCUGUUUAGCAUUUGGAAAACUAAACUGUUUAACCUGAUACGUAAGAUAUCCAGCUUGGAACAACUUGCUGUGCACAGGAAACGUGCAUUACGUCAAAAUGAGACAGCUGAAUGGCUUAACUUUCUUUUCAAUCGUUGGUGGGUGUUUAGUUCAACUUCCAUCCAAGAUUUGGUAAAAAGAAGAUUAGAUGAUCGAAUGAUGAAUAUCAAGCCAGCAUUUUUGAAACAACUUGAACUUCUGACGUUCAGCCUUGGAAUAAACACACCAACUGUUCGGCACAUUCGAGUGUUUGAAUAUGCUGAAGGAGUACCAAGAGGUUCAAAGACCCUAGCUUGGCUGGACAUCACCAAGCCACCACCUGGUCUAGAGAACAAAUCAUCUUUCAAGGUGGUGGUCGAAGUUGAUGUAGAUAUGAUCAGUGAAGACUUCCGGAUGAUCUUUAAAGUUGGACUUGGUGCGAGAAACAUUGGUUUCAAUGUAGCUAUAGAAGAGCUGACAAUUCGAGGAACUCUACAAAUCAACUUAGAUAUGUCUAUGGACACACCGUUUCCCCAUUUCUCUAAAGCCACAGUAUAUUUUACUGAGACCCCUGAUGUUUGGUUUAAUAUCAGUGUGAUGGGUGGGCUUCAAGUUAUGGAGAUGCCACUGUUGAAAACCUGGAUCCAUACCCAUGUCAAAGAAGGAAUCACCAAAGCUCUGGUUGAUCCAGCAAAGCUGGAUGUUAGUCUUGCCUCUGUUGGACCAGUCCAAUAUCAACGCUCUAUGGUGAAACGACAGUGUGCACAAGGUGUCCUAACCAUACACAUAAAAGGUUACCCCAAACCCAACAUAGACAAUGGCCUUGACGAUGUGGUCUACACAGUACUUAGACUCAGUGAUCACAAGCGUCAAUGUCCUGAGGUUUAUGAUUCACAAAACUGGGAGGAUCUUUGUUCCUUUUUGGUCAGUGAUCUGGCAACAGAUAAGCUUCAUCUAAAAUACAAAUGCAAACGCUUAUUGACCAGUGUUACACUCGAAGAACAUGAAAUAUUACUGUCUCAGUACCCAUUCCAAAUAAAGGGAGAAGUAGAUACCAUUCUUGAAAACAAAGAUGGCAGCAAAUUGUAUUUAUCUCUCCAGUACACCCCUCUGGCACCAAUUAAACUCGAAUCAAGCAUAAAAGAUGAACAGGUCAUAAAAGAUGUGGCUGGUGUUCUAUAUGUCCAUAUCCAUGGUGCUACUAAUCUACUAGCAGCUGACAAAAAUGGUACCUCUGACCCCUAUUGUGUUGUUUUCUCAGAAAGAAGAAGAAUUGUUACCACUCCAUAUGUUCCACGAUCUUUAAAUCCAAGAUGGGAAACCUAUUCUGAGUUUUUUGUUAAAGAUUUCACUAAGACCAAAUUAAGUUUUUAUGUCUUUGACUGGGAUGGAAGAAAUAUCAUUGAUGAUGAUUUUCUUGGCUGUGCCUUCCUUGACGUACAUCAGGAUAAAUGGAUUCGCAACACUGCUAAUGAAUGGAUACAUCAGAAGGAAAAUUUUUGUAUCCGGAAAGCUCUGUCCCUUGGAAAUGACAGGCCUUCAUCUGGUUUUGUGGCAGAUAAAUCCUUAGGUUACGUCAUCGUAUCAGUGAUAUUUCGUCCUGUUCCAUCAGUGGCAAAAUCCGAAAACUACCAGCCUUUCCAAACCAAUUUCUCCCAGAAGCUAUAUGUUGAAGACAAAGUAUCUCCACAGUCUAUGUCACCAUCACAGAUUGAACCAAUUAACAGUGACAACAAAGACCAGGCUGAAAACAAGAAUUCAAGACAGUCACUAGCUUUCAUUGAGAAAUAUUUGGAAGGUAAAACUUUUGUGGACUUCAAAAUUAUUCAAGCUAAGAAUUUAGAAUCAAAAGAUAGAAAUGGAUUCAGUGACCCAUUUUGUGAGGUGAUGCUAGGUAAGAAGAAGCUAUUCAAGACAUCUGUGAAAAAGAAGACACUGUUCCCCAUAUGGAACGAGAGUGCCACAUUAGAGUUACCUGAUGACAAUAAUACAACUAUUGAAUUGGUUCUCUCCGACAAGGAUCUGAUAUAUGAUGAUUUCCUUGGGAAUUUAACGUUAACUGUGAGCAAAAUGAAAGAGAUGUCCCUCAAUGGUCAUCCUGAGUGGUUCCCCCUUACAAAAUGUAAAUCUGGUUCCUUACAGUUACAGUGUACAGUAACUUCUAAGGAUACAUUGGAGAAUGGUAAAGCAGAAAAUGUAUCCUCUGAAGAAUUAAACCAUGAUGUCUCAAAAUCAAAGACCACCAAAUCACCAACACAAUCAUCUUUACAAGAAGAAUCAUCAUAUGGCCGAAGUUCAUCAGACACACAUAUUGCUUCUCCAGGAAGUUCGAGGUCUGUCUUAAAAUCUAACAACCACCUCAAUAGGAAAACUUCCCUAACCCGUACUGUUUCACAUAACUUUCUAAGGCAACAGAAUGCAAGAUGGUCCCUGCUUGGUUCCUCUAUAGUCAAUUUCCGCAAGGCUAGCACCACGCUGCAGCCAUCGGCAUCAAUUAACUCUAUUGGACCUGCUUGCUACCCACCUGAAGAUGGCAGCUCACUUGAUGGCAGUAUAUUAUCUGCAGACAAGUACUACAGUGUAAGUGGCACAGUAGUGCAGGGACGUCACCUAAUGUUGCUAGAAGGAGAUGUUUACUGUAAAGUCAGGUUGCAAACGAACCAUCUCUCAAAUGCGCGAACUAAAUUACGAUCAAGCGGGAGGAUUCUUGGCCGUUCCACCACUGUUAAAGCCCAGCUUGAACCUCAGUUCAACUUGAACUUUGAAGUUGACCGAGGAGCUGGUGUCUCUGCAGAAGCAUUGCUUGUUUUUGAUAUGAAGAAAGCAACCAAAGAACAUCUGGCUUCAAAAGCUUUCACUAUACGAGAAUUAUUGGGAGAAAAUGAAAGUGGUACAGUCCGUAAAUGGUUGACGCUAAACAACAACAUAGAACUUGAAGUAGAACUGGUACACGGUAAACCUGAUUCCAACCAUCAAAAGAAACCUGGCAUAUUUCGCAAUUUCUCAUUUCGCAAGGACAAACAACAUUAACAAAUAACAAUACACAGAAACAAAAAAGACAUUCAUAAAACACUUAUUUUUUUUAAUUUA